AUGGCCCAUCUCCGCUUCAGCGCUCGGAGCCGCUCCAAGCGCAAGAAUCCAAUACCUAUCCAGGCACAAAAGAGACUUCUCAGCAAGGGAGGACCACCGGAGUUGUGGAAGGAGGAGGAGGCGGCGAGCCUCUUCAGGAAGACCCGGCAGCCUUCCUCCAAGACAUCCCAGUACGAAAACACCGUGCGACUGUCGACCCCCAGAGCGAGGAGCCGUAGCUCCCAGGAUGCAGGGCCUCCUCACACCCCUCAGUGUGAAAAAAACUGUCCCAUCUGGCACCUCGAUCCCAGAGUGCAAAGUGCCGUGAUCACACCUCGACUGCUGCAGCUCUCCAAACCCAAACUCACGCAUCCGGACUUCCAGAGCAGCAGAGAGAGCAUUGCUUCCAUCACCUCGCUUUCAUCCAGAACAGCUCGAGCCUCCCAGAGACUCGUCCAGCUGUCGCUGCCCAGACUCAAGGAGAGCAACAUCUGCUUCGCACUCGGACGUCCAGAGGAGUCCAUCUGGACAGUUUCAAGAGCAGCGCGGAGAGCCACGGCAAGCGCUCGCACCGAGAUGCUGGCAGAACCAAAGCAGCUUUCCAAGGACUACGUCCCUCCACGAGAGCCGGAAAAACGUCCAGUCCGCCUGAGUGCACAUUCCCAUCGAGCCAGCCACUGAUAGCAAAGUGUGAACUAAAGCCAGUUCUUAUAAACGUCUAAAAUAUCUGAAGAGAGAUCCAACAGGGAAACGUCAGAGGGCCUGUCUCUGUGUGGCUCUGCUGAUAUCAUCAGCAUGUCCAUGACAUCUUAAAUGAAUUAGCGUUGGACUCUGAUAUGACUGAUGAUAUAUUGCUGCUUUAAAUCUCUGAUGCCUUGGCAGAUCAAGCGAGUGAUGUUAAGAAUAAAAACAUGUCUGUGGCUCUCCCUGUCGACAGUGUGCAGCCUUUGUCUGAGUCUUGGCACGAUGCUGCGAUC